GCUGUGUUUCCGGUCAGGCGCCGCGCGGACACCUAAGCAGCUCCGUGUGUGACGUGUAGGACCUCCUCCUCCGGACACACAGCAGCAGUAAUGGCGGACUACGAUAGCUACGAUGAGCGGGACCGGGCCUACGGCAGCUUCGGCGGCGGCAGAGGGCCCCGUGGCGGGGGCGGUCCCGGCGGACCCAGGAAGCAGAAGGAGUUGCCGUCAGAGCCUCCGUUCACAGCGUACGUUGGAAACCUGCCGUUCAACACGGUGCAGGGCGACAUCGACAACAUCUUCCAAGACCUCCACAUCCGCAGCGUUCGGCUCGUCAGAGACAAAGAGACAGACAAGUUCAAAGGUUUUUGUUACGUGGAGUUUGAAGAUUUGGAGUCUCUAAAAGAAGCUUUGACGUACGAUGGAGCACUGCUAGGUGAAAGGUCACUGAGGGUGGACAUCGCAGAGGGACGAAGACAAGAGCGAGGAGGUGGCGGCUUCGGCUUCAAGAAAGACGACGGUAGAGGACGAGGAGGCUCUCGAGGAGCUCCCAGAGGAGGAGGAGGAGGACGAGACUCGCGUGACGACUUCUACGACCAGCCAGGAGGAGGUUUUGGGACUGACGACUACAUGGGGGGGCGGAGUCGAGGAGGCAGCAGUCGCCCCGGAGACAGGAGGGGGGGUGGAGCAGGGAUGGGUCGCUAUAGAGAUGCCAUGCCCCGCGGAGGACCGACAGACUUCAGGGAACCGUCUGAAGAGGAGCGUGCACAGCGGCCCCGCCUGCAGCUGAAGCCUCGGACCGUCUCCGAGCCGCUGAACCAGGUCGCCAACCCGAACUCCGCCAUCUUCGGGGGAGCGAAGCCACGAGAGGAAGUGAUCACCAGAGAAAAACCAUAAAGACUGCCCUGAGGGGACUGGGAGGGAGGGAGUGGGAGGGGCUUAAACAGAACGCCACAGCUAGCAUUCCUCCUGACAGACAGACGGAUAAACAGACAGACAGACAGUGGACGCCACCCUCCUCCUCCUCUUCUUCUUCUCUGUUUUUCAGUUUGAGCAGAAUAUUUAUUCUCCGACAGAAUAAAACACAAAUCUGUAAAAUACAACGAGCAGCUCGUCAGUGCAUGUCUCUGCCCCGCCCCUUCUCCCACAGGCCCUACCCCUCUCGCCCAGGCCCCGCCUCCUUACCGCCACUUUUGCUUCACAGUCAUCGUGCCUGCAUCGUCUCGUAGCCCCGCCCCGUUCGCUCCGACUGCUUUUUGUACUUUUAGUAGUUUGCCAGAAACAAGCCCUACCCCCUUGUCCUGAUUGGUCGAAUGAAGCCUUUUUUUGUUUUUUGUCUGAUGCUGGUAGGACCGACCAGUCACAGUGGAGCUGAGAGGGGGCGUGUCUGAGGUGUUGCAUUCAAGUCGUGUGGGAAAAACUGAGUCAAUUAUAGAAUCAUUAAGAAAAACAACCAAAAUGAAAACAUUUCUCAGCUCCGGAUCCAAAGUGUCUGGAAAAACUACAAUCAUUGUGGAGUGUGAUGGGCGUUCAUUUGUCCUACACACCCUAAACACACCAAACAGGCAGCCUGACGCUCCCCUGAUUGGUCAUUUGGGGCUGAUAAUGCCAUUUAAACCGACCAAUCAGAUCCACAUCAGCUGCGAUCAACAUGGAAAACGGGACAAAAGACGUUAAAUUACAAUGAAAUGAUCCUUUAUUUUAUACAAAUAAAAAAAAUGCAGAACGUCUGAUUCUCCAGGUUUAUCAUAAAAAUCUGAACUGAACGGAGGUGAAGGAGUUCAUCUCACAUUGAAAACAGAACAUUUACACCCAAACUAAUGGCCAUUUAACCAGCAGAGGUUCAUAUUCAAGGAGCCGACGGUUCUGACAAUGUUAAAUCACAGCGAAACGAGGCUUUAUUUUACGUCACAGAUCGGAUGAAUUCACUCCGUGUUGUAAAAUCCAACGACUUUCUGUUAAAUUCCACCCAAACUAAGACACGUUGAAUCAAACGAAUCCUCUGUUUUAAUCUCAGACACUGACAGAAUCUGUGAAAAACAGAAGAAUUAGUUGGGGUGUCAUUUAACACAAACAGGCCAUUAGUUAAUGUUACUACAUGAAGCAGAAAAUGACUCAUCGGUUUUAAACGGACGGUUUUAACCACGUGAAAUGACAGAGAAUUCGACUCUUAUUUCACAUGAAAGUAACUGAACGGAAACAGGACACGACACAACUCAAGUCCAGACACAUUAGUUGGAAGGAAACUUAGUUGUGUUUUGUGUUCAUUCGAUGACGAGUAAAUCUGAACGGUUCGACGCCACAAACGGCUGUUAGUUUGGGUUGUUUUGUUUUAUACACCUUCAUCUUUAUUUGAGGCUGAUUUUGGUGAAAUAAAGACUCAAACUAAAUCCAUAAUGAACCUGAAGAGCAGACGGAAGCAUUUGGAAACGGAAUCUGUUCACGUCAGAGGUCCGUGAUCCGGCCUCGUUUGGACCUGGUCUCAGGUGGAUGUGGUCUCAUGUGGAUCUGGUCUCGGUGUAGUUUGGGUCGGGUCUCGGAUCGGGUCUGGGUGGGUCGGCUGCAGCAGAGACUUUGGUGGUUUUUAGUUUUAUUUUGACGGGACACGUGUGUUUCAGAAUAAGUGUCUUUUCCAUGUGUUUCUUCUUCACUGUUAAUGGCAAUAAAACUGUUCCAUCGUACGUCGACAUCACAUGUUUCUAAGUUGACAUUUCGGAGGGGGGAGGGGUCGAUUCCUUGUUUUGAUUUUUAUUUUUUUCUUCCAAAUGAAAAAGAAGAAUAAAGAAUAAAGCUCGUUCUGUUCUGCC